CCGGAUACCACCACACUACUACUGUGUUACUCCGCUUCAUACGCUUCACACGCUUCAUAAUCACCCUCUUCUGCCUGGACAAUACUCGAAUACUCCAACAACAGCCAGCCAAUUCCUCCUCUCUCGAAGCGUUUAUAUACGGACACAUUCCCAACAACCUCGACACUUUGGAAGCGAGGCAAUAGAAAGACGUGGCAGCCUCAACUGGGUUGCUGGCUCCAUCUACCCUCCGCGGGCAUCGCCCAACUUGAACACACUCAACCCACUAUACACCGCAAUCCAGCAUACACCACCAGCGUAAACCACAAUGGUUCAACCCUCACCCCAUCUCCUGCUACGCCCAGCAGCAACACUGGCGGCAAACUUCAACAUCUUCGCACAUCCCAAGGUCCCGUUGACCCCGAAUGAAUCGAGGCAACUGCUCAAGGCCCUGACGACUUCCUUUCGGAGACAACUCGCCGAAGAGCACGAUACCAGAACACCGAAUCCUGUACACACCGUCUCGGCAUCAACAGCCACUACUACUCUGAGCUCGAGUUCUCCGAAGAAGCGCCCGGCACGGCCAAAUGUGACUCCCACCGACCGCCAUUUACAUGAUGUGCUCAGCAACCCUCUCCUCUCGUUCCAGCCACCCCCGACGCGGACGGGUCAGAGAGACCCUAUGGACGUGUUUGAGGAAGCGUGCGCGAGAGGCUAUAUGAAUAUUGCCCGGGCAAGAGCCUGUCUACAGGGUAAAAGGACUUCAUUUGGAGAAUCGCUAGAAGAGCAGCGGGCAGGGAUGAAGACCUCAGGUGCGGGGUCGAAGGUUUUACAGUGGCUAUUGUCGACCGGGGCAGAGAGUGAUGCCGCAUGGCUACAGCCAAAUAGUGGAGGAUCUGCAUGGAAGAAGGAUAUCAUCAUUGACUUCCUUGUUCUCGAGGGCAAGCAUGAGGCCCUCUGGGAGCUUUUCGGGCGUUAUGCGGCUCUAAAUGCUCGCGACGGGCAGAAUUUCUUGUUCCAACUAAGCAGGAGCAUGGCCCAGAAUAUAUCCGUGGAUGCCGGGCUUGAAAGCGUGGUCAGAGCCAACGAGAUUCUUAUCAAAGCAGAAACACCAUUGGCAGACCGCUUAAGAAUAUUGAACCCCGCUAUUUCUCUCUUGGUCAACUAUGUCAAGAACACCACGUCAGAGAAUGUUCAACAAUCACCAGCACUUUUCGAUGCAUUCAUAGGCGCCGUCCAGACAUUACCUAGCCGAAGCACAGUCUCAAAGUCAAAUCUAUUCAUACCACAACUCUACCUACGCCAUCCAACAAACCCCGACGCAAAGCCCGCCCUCCGCUACCUCGAGAGCCUCAACGAGGCCUCAUCCGAGCACCUCCUCCAAGCGACGAAAGUGCUUUCAAACUCGUUAGCCUCACUAGCUCUCGACACAGCCAAGCAACUAAUAGUAACCGAACAAUUCGACGACGCUCGUUGGGUGCUGGGUUUUGUCCAGAAGACAUACCCAGAGCUCAACCAAGGCGAUUCCCAGCCUGAAACCAAACCCAGCCAGAGCGCGAAGGCAAUGGAGUUACUGGGUUUCGUGAAGCAGAGGUACGCGGAGCUCAAGGUGCCGCCGGUGAAGAUGAAGAAGGUUGGGAAGACCACGUCUGUGCAGGAGGAGGAUGAUAUCGCGAGCGUGGAAGAGCUGGAUAGAUUGGACUUGGGCCUGUCGAGCUCAUGAGAGCGAGCGUCCUCUUCAGAUUUACGAAAGUCACGCUUAUGUCCUGUUCCCAAUUGCGCUCCAUACCUACCUACCUACCAUUUCCUCUAGAGAUACCCCAUACCAUAACUUAGCCAAUACAACCCCACAAAUUCCAAGUACUACUGUACCUACUUACUAUGCAUGCUUUAGACCAACUUUCAAGAUUCGGAAUGGGGGAGGCUGAUCCCCUUCCGCAUCAGGAAUCGCUGUGAUCGUGCCUGGCACGGCAAUCGGAUCAUACGCCCAUCUACUGGCUAUGGGCGACCACAACGAGCGCGUCAGACCCUGACGUCACACCCCGGACUCGCACCCUCUCUGUUCUCACAAUCGCACACACACCCAUCCCAUCCCCAGCCCAUCUCUUUCUCUCUACAUAAUAUAUUAAAAACGAACCACACACACACGGUCAAUUGAACAACCUUGCAUAUCUCCAACCUACGAUCAUCGUUCAAAAAUCAACAUCAGUUCUCAAGAAAGCUCAGCUACCACCGCAGCUUUUAUACCGUUAUUCAAUUGCUUCCAUUGCGAAUCGCUGGAGGUUUAUAAGGGACUGUAAUUACGUCAUAUCAAUCCAAGAUGUCGGAAUCGAAUCAGCAGCAGCAGGUCAGCAAUGGGACUGAGAACAACGUCCAAUGGGCCGCCACCCACGUCGCCCCCGCCCCGGGCGUCGUAACCCAAGUCCGCUCCGAAACCACCACCUACGCCA